AACAGCAUUGGGCUAAUUCCUCGCAUCGUCUUCUACCUCGAACUCGUUAUUGUUUAGGGUUUGCAGAUUUACAGGUUAUCGUCAUCUCGUCGCGCUGCGCAUUCCCACCGGAGGCCGUGUAUCGGAUGCGUUAAAAGUGAUAUUUGUAGAGAAAAGAUUCGUGUAAAUUAUCUCAAUUCCUGAUUUGUUUGUUUUCGUGAGAUCGCGAGAUCCAGAAACAUCAAUCAUAUCAUGCGUAACGAUAAUGUCAACGGGAAGGAUGUUAUUUCUUCUGAUUCUGUCAAUGAAGUUGUUCCUGGGUCAGUAUUGGAGGGAAAACAAGAAGACUCUGAAAUGAAGGCCCAAGUUGAUGCCAUGUGGCAAGACAUGAACAAAGGAGUAUCUAGCAAGAUUCUCAGAAGCAUUGUAAGCAAGCAUAAUUCCACUGCCAGGAAAACUACGAAGAAGACAUCUACUAAUUGGAUGUCUUAUUUGGGCAUGUCACCAAAGGCAGCUGAAUCCCUUGGGCAAGAUGCAUCCCAGAAGAGAACUAUCCCUAUUGAGGAAAAUACAAAUGAUGAAGCCAAGAAAAUUGCUGCUGCUGCUCUGGCAGCAGUUAAAGAUGAUGCUGCCGCUGCUGCAUCAGGCAGAGGGAAAAUUGCAAUUACGGAGGUUCGGGAUUUUGCUGGUAAAGAAAUUGAAGUUAAAAAGCUUGUUGAUGCUGAUUCAAAGGAGGCGAUAGAAAGAACCAAAGCUCCUGCACCUUCUGCUGUGGAUGUUGUGCUUGAACAAAUUAAGAAGAAACAGAAGCUCAGUGUACUAGACAAGACCAAAAUGGACUGGGGAGAAUUUAAGGAAGAAAAUAAGGGACUGGAAGACGAGCUUGAUGCUUACAAGAAGAGUUCAAACCAGUAUCUGGAUAGGGUUUCCUUCUUGCAGCGAGCAGAUUACCGUGAGUUUGAACGAGAGAGAGAUGCACGCCUGGCAUUGCAAUCGAGGAGGCGGCCGGAUAUGCGAGAAGACCCAGAUGAUUGAAGCAUGUCUGGAGUUGCAACUCUUAGGGAUUAUGGAUGGAAGUUGAUGUUCAGGGGGCGAGCUAUGGUCCCAUGGUUAGUCCUGGUCCUGGUUUUGUAUGAUGAAAUAGCGAAAGAGAUGCUCCAGAGUGAGUUCACUUGAAGCAAGGAGAGGCAUUGAAUUAAAAUAGUAACGGGACCCACGCAUUAGAAGUGGGAUCUUCUAUUGUGUGUUGAUCUGUUUCCUCACUUCUAAUGAAAUCACUAUAGAAAAUUCAUUCAGGAUGAAAUAGAUCUUUGUUCGGUUUGAUGGGGAUUAUGUGCAUUUGAUGAGGUCACAAUGUUCUCAGAUGACGUGUUUUCAUGAUUUGGAUAUUUGGAAGGAAAGCUACAAAUGUUUAUUUGCCCCUUCUCAAUUGUUGACAAUUUCGUGUAUAUUUAUUUGUAGCUACAAUUGACAAGGUAUUACAUCCGUGUUGACGUGAUCUUGUAUA